AUGUCUUCUUUUUAUAAUGAUGGGUGGAUCAACAGCUCUCCAAAGAUUCUUUGUUCUCCGGACGACUCAGGUUAUGACAGUUCAUCUCCCAGACGAAGGUUAAGUAUAUUAAGUGACACUCAUUCGACUCAUGACUCUGUCCUGCCACGGUUCCGGGAUGAAAAUGGGAAAGAAUGGAGAACGAGUCUUUCCAUGCGGAUCAAAAAUGUGAUCAAUGGAGUUCCUAUUGACCAAAAUCUGUCAACCAUUGCUCCAAAUAGUCUUCGGUUUGAUGGAUCAUCAGAUAGCCCCAAAACUCCAACUACUUUAUCCUCUUCUACAGUACCUCGACCCAAUACCAAGUCUAGACCAACUCUUUCGAACACGCUUAGGGCUCGAACAUCGGUCGACUCGACCCCAACCAGAAAGUCCACUAGCUCCUUGCAUUCUCCCGAUCGAUUUCUUCCUGUUCUGAAAAGAUCUGAUUCUGCGGCACAAAGCUUUCGUGCUAACAAAGAUCCUGGAAGUCUCUCGCCUUAUGAAAGAUUAAUGAGACAUAGUAGUGCAAGCCUUGAUGCUUUUAACCCACGUCGACGUGCUACAUCACCAAUUCCACUAGCUUCUCGACCCGAUUCCAGAAGAAUUGUUUCUGCAAAUCGUGGCCGAGGUGCUACUGCCCUUAUUUUUCAGAGAAGUGCUCCAACAACACCCUUUGGGGAGAGGCAGGUCAGUGUAGGGACCGUAUGGGCCGUCGGAGGAGUGGCUCCUGUGAGCGCUGGCAUCUCAGAUGGGCGCGGCGGUAUGCUAGGCAGUGGGACUAAUGCACCAUUGUAUACAACAUCCUUCUCCGCUUCACGUCCAAAAGCACAAGAAGACUUUGAAAAACAUGAAGACAGGCUGGCACAAGCAUUGGAUAUUGACCGCACACAACGCGUUUUUGAGUUUCGAAACCCAUUAGCCACUCCACUCAUUACCCCACUCGAUUCUAGGUCCAGGAGGCAUAUCUUUGACACCAAGACUACAUGGAAUGGAACAGAGUGGGUGCUUGGUGGACCGGAGCAAAGUCCAGCAACAAUUGCCGCAGGAACCUCGCACGCUUCCUGUUGCUCCUUUCAAAUAAGUUUUACAUUCGCUGCUAUAUUGUCUUUACUGAUGUUCAGCACAGUUCUGGAUGCACCAAAUUUACGAGAUGACUUUUAUUGCUCGGUUCUCGCAUACUCUGGAACAAGCCAUACACUGGCCGUUGGCCUGGGCUCAUUGCUUUAUGCAUGGUCCGAAAUGGCAGGAGUUCAUUUGCUUCACGGCGGAACUUCAAAUUCUUCUUGGUUGACAUCGCUAGCAUUUUCAUCCACACAAGGAGCCAAAUCAAUACUUGCAUUUGGCAGGUCUGAUGGAUCUCUGAGUUUGUUGUCACUCUAUGAUAGUCUAUUGCCUAGAUUCGAAGUCCAACAGCCCUGUCCUAUAGCCUGCGUCACUUGGAGACCUUCGAUAACAAUGCGACCUUCGCGAAAUCCACUUGCCCCGGGUAUGAUGGUGAAGACAGAAGAUCUGAUUGUCGGAGAUGAACAAGGGAACAUAUAUUACUAUGUCGUUGAAUGGCCUGAUGCAUGGGAAAUAACUCGCGAUGGCUGGUCUGGCUCUAUGACACUCAUUGCCAAAAUCUCUAUUCACACCCAACAAAUAUGCGGUCUCUCAUUUUCCACAGAUGGCUCAUCAUUCGCCACUGGAGGUAAUGAUAAUCUUUGUUGUCUUUUCCGUACAAAUGAAGUCACCCGGCCUUCUCGUGGUCAACUAGGCACCGCAGAAGAAGUAUUCCUUUCCACAGCAGGUAUGCGUCGCAUACAUAGCGUAGCGGGUCAAAGUCGUGUCAAAGAAAUCACUUCCGGGGCCGAGAAACAUCGUUGGGUUCAUGGAGCGGCUGUCAAGGCUAUUGCAUUUUGCCCCUGGAGAGAUGGCCUUAUUGCAACCGGCGGUGGAAGCAAUGAUAAAUGCAUCCAUUUUUUUCACACAUCUUCCGGAGCCUGCCUAGCUACCAUCAGUGUAGCAGCUCAAGUUACUUCUCUUAUUUGGUCCACUACUCGUCGUGAAAUUGCAGCCACAUUUGGGUACGCGCAACCUGAACAUCCAUACCGAAUCGCCGUCUUUAGCUGGCCAGACUGUAAACAAGUUGCUGCUAUUCCAUGGGAAGGCGAGCAUCGAGCAUUAUUUGCGAUUCCAUAUCCAGGUGGCCCAAAUGAAAGCCAUAGUAGUAGGGAAGGGGGAAGGGCCUUGACAAGAACGGCCCAAGAGGGUUGCUUAGUUGUGGCUAGUAGUGAUGAAAGUGUUAAGUUUCAUGAGGUGUGGACAAGUAGUAUGAAGGCUACUAGUGGAGGUGAGGGAUUACUAGGUGGAAGUGAUAUCUUGGAGGGUUUGGAGGGGAUUGACAAGGAGGGUGCUGUCAUCAGAUAA